AUGGCAGUGGAGUACGCCAAAAAGACAAACGCGGAACUUAUUGAGAUCCUCAAGUCUCGCUCGCUACCACACACUGGGAAAAAGGCCGACCUAGUCGCCCGACUCCAGGAAGCGGAUAAAUCUGACGCCAAUAAAGCUGCCGCGGCGGCCGCGAAAUCAACUGCAGUUGAAGAUGUCAUCGAUUGGGAUGAUGAUGCGCCGCUUGCUGAACCCGCUGUACCCACGAAACCAAGCACUAGCACAGCAACUGCCGCUCCUAUAAAACAGGUCCCCAAUCCCAUUGCGGUACCCAGCCAGAAGGUAGAUAUCGAUCCCUCCACCACUCAUGAUCUCAAAGUUGUGAGAGGCGAAAGCAAGGCAGGGACAGCUAGCACUGCGGCUCCCGGAAAUAAGGUUACCCCAUCAGAGCAAAUUAACGGCACCGACGUGAAACCAGAAGAGAAACCAGCAGUCGAUUAUAGCAUAGGUCUAUCAGCUACCGACCUGGAAGCUGAGCUCGCUAAAAGGAAAGCACGGGCAGAGAAGUUCGGGAUCGUGGAAGAUUCAUCAACCGCACUGGAGCAAGCUAAGAAAGCUAUUGAAAGGGCGAAGCGGUUUGGCACAGUUACGGAAGAUGCAGCAAUUGUCAAGGGUUUGGAUGAGGCGCUCCCGGAACGCACAAAGAAGCGGGGGCGUGGAAAUGACGCGGGCGGAAAUAGCCGCGGUGGGAAACGUCGCGACUUUAGAAGGGAUAAAGGUCGCCCGGGGAAAUUAGGAGGACACCGAGCAUCGGGUACGCGACAAGGCAAGGGGGGGAACAGCAGUUCCUGGAGUGAACAAGAUCGUAUUGCCAUAGAAAAGAGGAAAAAUCGGUUUGGUUAA